GACUCCGAGGAUGCAUGCACGCACGCAAGGCUUGUGGAUUGUUUACGCCUCGAGGCAGCGUGACGAGUCACGAUGUGCUUCCAUCUUGGCACGGUAACUGUGUGCAAGUUGUGGGGCGUGCUAAGUUUUUGGCUGCAGAACCGAGCAGCGACUCCGUAGAUUGCAUGCUCUGGCUUGCUUUGAGGUUUUCCGUGCGUGAUUGAACGCGGAGUUGUGGUCUGGGCCUUGCAGACCAGGAUUUGUUUGUUAUCUGUAGGGUUUCUCGAGUAAAUGUGGGGAUGUGAAGGGGUGGGAGGUUCAAUUCCGCAGAGGGCGGUGAGGGAAACAUCGCGAGUGUGAGUGCAAGGGUUUUGCUGUAGAGGCUGUGAGAGAAUUGGGAGGCGUCUCAGAGAUGGUAGAGAAGCAGAGGAUUCUGGUUCUGUAUGCGACCCAGACGGGGAACGCCCAGGAUGUUGCCGAACGCGUGGGCCGGGAGGCUGCCCGUCACCACUUCAAGCCCGUAGUGGAGUCUAUGCACUUGUAUGACCCCAGCAAGCUUCCCCAGGAAAAAAUUGCCAUCUUUGUGGUGUCGACCACAGGCCAGGGCGACCCGCCGGAGUCCAUGAGGGUGUUCUGGAAAUUUUUGCUUCGCAGGAGCCUUGGUCCUCAUUGGUUGGAAUCAACACUGUUUUCUGUGUUUGGGUUAGGAGAUUCUGGGUACCAGAAGUAUAACAUCAUUGGGAAGAAGCUUGAUAGGAGGUUAUUGGAUUUGGGCGGGACGUCCGUAGUGCCCAGGGGGUUAGGAGAUGACCAACACCCGUCAGGUUUCGAGGCUGGUUUGGACCCCUGGUUGGCGUCUCUAUGGGUUGCUUUACGCCGCCAUGUCCCACUUCCAGCCGGCCUUGAAGAUCCUAGACCCGAAGACACGGGUAUCAGUGUUUUAGACCCUCCAAAGUAUCGGGUUACUUUUCAUCAUCCUUUGGCGCCAGAGUCGAAGUUAGCCACUUUACCUGAAAGUUUAAAGACGGAUAUUGUGGCAAGAUGGGUUGAGCAUGGCAGAGCGCGUGCUGUCGUCGACAGUGCUGGAAACCCUUUUGGAAACGCAAGGGACCACAACAGUAGUAGCACUGGAUUUGGCCCCCCAGUCAUGCCCAUAUUCGCUAAAAUGUUAGUAAAUUCUCGGAUUACCAGUGAGGAUCACGAGCAAGACGUUCGGCACAUUGAACUUGACUUGGGAAGCUCGGGAGCUCAGUACGUACCCGGGGAUAUUUUGACCUUGUUACCAAGCCAAAAACUAGCUUCUGUUGACAAAUUCUUACAACGAUGUGGUCUCGAUGGAGACACUUUUGUCACGGUGGAAGCUAAUGACAGUGAUGUUUGUACCAUCGCACAAGCCGAAGAUGUUGAAACCGUUUGCAAGCCAACAGCAGUCUUACUGAAGACAAUAGUCGAAGCUCUCAUGGACAUCGACUCUGCUUCCCCUCGUCGUUAUUUCUUUGAGGUUAUGAGUCAUUUUGCGUCUGCUGAGCAUGAGAAAGAGAGACUGCAGUAUUUUGCGACUCCUGAAGGCCGUGAUGAUUUAUAUCGUUACAAUCAAAGAGAAGGACGGACGGUUCUUGAAGUAUUGGAAGACUUUCCAUCGGUUCAAAUGCCAUUCGAAUGGCUUCUACAGACGGUGCCUCGCCUUCAACAACGCUCUUUCUCCAUUUCAUCAUCACAACUGGCACAUUCGAAUGAGGCUCAUUUGACAGUGGCUGUGGUAGAGUGGACGACUCCGUUUAAAAGGAAACGAAGAGGUCUUUGCUCGUCGUGGCUGGCCUCCCUUGACCCGAAGAUUGGGAAGGUUUUCCUACCUGUUUGGUUCACUAAGGGUGCCAUAGCUUUGCCUUCGCCUUCUGUGCCACUGAUUCUCGUUGGGCCUGGAACCGGCUGUGCUCCCUUUCGAGCUUUUAUUCAAGAGCGAGUUGCACUCUCAAAUGCGGAAGAAGCAGUGGCGCCAGUUCUGUUCUUUUUUGGCUGUCGGAUGCAGGCAAAGGAUUUCUUAUACGAAUCUGACUGGUCAGCAUGGUCUCAAGGCAAAAAUGUUUUAUCACCGGAUGUGGGUGGAGACUUUUUUGUUGCCUUUUCUAGAGAUCAACCAGAGAAAGUGUAUGUGCAGCAUAAGAUACGUGAGCAGGGAAAGAAAGUGAUGCAGUUCAUUCAGUCAGGAGCAGUGAUAUAUGUUGCGGGAUCUGCAAACAAGAUGCCAGCCGAUGUGAUGGCAGCUUUUGAGACUGUACUUGCGAAGGAAACUGGUUGGCCUCAGGAGAAAGCAACCAAAUAUUUGAGAGAUCUGGAGCGCAGAGGUCAAUACGUAGUUGAGGCAUGGUCGUGAUUCAGAGUCUCUGACCUGAUCAUGUAAGAUUUUUCAUUCAAUUUUGUAGAAUGUGCUCAGGGUUACAUCGUAAAAUUCUUCUCAUCAUGACAUUCAACAUGAGGACAUUCAAUUUGCAAUUGCCUGACGUUCUUGUGGAAUAUUAACAGGUUCCGGGCCUAACGAGAAUCAGGUUUAAUAACUGGAAUUAUUAUUGUGAAUAUGUAUACAGAAAUUAUAGUUUAACUUCUCCAUGCCAUGAAUGGAGCUUCGGAAGCUCUCAUUGUUCUCUAUAUAGCCUGAUCUGGCUUUUGUGUUAAAAUAAUAAUGCCUGUUGAUUACUUUUGAUA